AUUCAGGUACCAGGUGGCCGGAAGGAGGAGCUGCCGACCUGGUAGGAGACAACCAAGACUUGCAUUAAAUCACACAGCCUACAAGUGGAGGAGACAGAAUUUGAACCCAGGUGUGACUUUUGAGCUGCAGCAGCCUGCCUCUGGGUGCUGACAGGAAGUCACAACCUGGCCCUGACUUCCUCUCCUAGGGAAGGGGCCACCGGAGAGGCCAGGACAGAGGAAGCAGGGCCCUUCUUUUCCCAAGGACUCAGUGUCUUCCAGAGGCAGUAUGUCAGAGGGGGUGGGUACGUACCGCAUGGUCCCUGAAGAGGAACAGGAGCUCCGUGCCCAACUGGAGCAACUCACAACCAAGGACCACGGGCCUGUCUUUGGCCGGUGCAGCCAACUGCCCCGCCACACCUUGCAGAAGGCCAAGGACGAGCUGAACGAAAGGGAGGAGACUCGCGAGCAGGCGGUGCGAGAGCUGCAGGAGCUGGUGCAGGAGCAGGCGGCCUCUGGGGAGGAGCUGGCCAUGGCCGUGGCUGAGAGGGUGCGGGACAAGGACAGUGCCUUCCUCCUGCGCUUCAUCCGCUCCCGGAAAUUCAACGUGGGCCGAGCCUAUGAGCUGCUCAGAGGCUACGUGAACUUCCGGCUGCAGUACCCUGAGCUCUUCGACAGCCUGUCCCCGGAGGCUGUCCGCUGCACCAUCGAGGCUGGCUACCCUGGUGUCCUCUCCACCCGGGACAAGUAUGGCCGAGUGGUCAUGCUCUUCAACAUCGAGAACUGGCAAAGUCAAGAAAUCACCUUCGACGAGAUCUUGCAGGCCUACUGCUUCAUCCUGGAGAAGCUUCUGGAGAAUGAGGAAACACAGAUUAACGGCUUCUGCAUCAUCGAGAACUUCAAGGGCUUUACCAUGCAGCAGGCUGCCGCGCUCCGGCCCUCGGACCUCAGGAAGAUGGUGGACAUGCUCCAGGAUUCCUUCCCAGCCCGGUUCAAAGCCAUCCACUUCAUCUACCAGCCGUGGUACUUCACCACGACCUAUAACGUGGUCAAGCCCUUCUUGAAGAGCAAGCUGCUCCAGAGGGUCUUUGUCCAUGGGGACGACCUCUCUGACUUCUUCCAGGAGAUUGAUGAGAACAUCCUGCCCUGUGACUUUGGGGGCACCCUGCCCAAGUAUGACGGCAAAGUCGUUGCUGAGCAGCUCUUUGGGCCCCAGGCCCAAUCUGAGAACACAGCCUUCUGAGGACAUCUGCUGCCACCUGAACUGUAGCUAGCACCCCUGGCCUCUCCUCCGCUGCCCUGGACCCACGCUGGGAAGGGGCUGCCGGGUUGGUGACUGUGCUCCCCCGAACCUCCCUAAGCUCCGGGGAGCCCAGGUGUCACCCUUCUCCCAAGUUGGAGGUGCAAUAAAGGAUGGG